AUGAAUAUGUACGAAGAUACAUCAUCGGCUUCUCGUUUGCUCGCGCUAGUAAGUCAGUCAUGCUCAUCUGAUGUGAAUAUGGAUCAUCUUAUCUCAUAUAUAGUAGCUAAUGAGGUUCCAAUGCUCGAUAAUGAGAUUAGUAAUAAUGUUGAAGAGAACAAUGUUGAUCUUCUUGAGUAUGAUCAUGAAAUCGAACACGAGGACCCCGGCCCCCACAUUCUGACUUUGUUGAUCCAAUGCACUUUGAGCAUGUUGAGAACUACCAAUUUCAUUCUUCUUUGGAGGUUAGCCAUGAUUAUCAAUUACACAAGGGUAAGAGCAAAUCCCGGAACAGUAGUACUUUGGCGUAAAAAGGCAGCAGAAGAACAAGGAAAAGAGAUGUUUAAAAGUGUCUUUUGGGCAUUUGCUCCAUCAAUUCAAGCAUUUAAGCAUUGCAGGCCAGUAAUUAGUGUGGAUGGAACACACUUGUAUGGAAAGUAUAAAGGAACAUUAUUGGUAGCCGUUGCUGUUGACGGAGAUAAUAAAAUAAUGCCCGUUGCAUUUGCUGUUGUCGAGAAGGAGAGCAUAGACGACUGGACUUGGUUCAUGGCAUGCAUUCGUGAAAAGGUUUGUCCUAGAAGAAAAUUAUGUGUUGUAUCUGAUCGACAUAUAGGGCUUAAACAUGCUAUGAUGUCAGAUGGUUGGGCUCCGCCGGAUGGUUUUCAUCGAUAUUGUUUGCGACAUAUGGCUAGUAACUUCCAGAAUAAGUUUAAAGAUAAGCACUUAAAAAAUGCAAUACAUAAAGCUGCUCUGGAAAAUCAAAUUUGCAAGUUUAAUGAGCGUAUGGAUGCCAUUGGAACUAUCAAUGAAAAAGCAAGGCAAUGGUGGGAGUCUGUACCACUAGAGAAGUGGGCUUUAUGUCAUGAUGAGGGGAAAAGAUAUGGAAUCACCACAACAAAUUUGUCAGUGUCUUUCAAUAAUGUUCUAAAAGGGGCUCGUAGUUUACCUAUCACAGCCCUUGUGCAACUCACGUUUUACCGUCUUAACAAGUAUUUUGACGAGCGGAGGAGCUCUUGUGAAAGAAUGUUAUGUGAUGGACAAAAUUGGACUGGUAUUGUGAAUCAAAAGUUGAGUCACAAUGCAGAAAAUGCAAACAGGCAUCAUGUUGAGACAUUUGAUCACCAAAAGGGAAUAUUCUCGGUGAAAACAGGCCAUCGUUCUUGCCCCGGACAUGUAUACAAAGGUGGUCAUACUCAUCUAGUGAACCUUAAAGAAAAAAGUUGCUCGUGUCAAAAAUGGCAACUUUAUGGUAUUCCAUGCUCACAUGUCCUUGCAGCGUGUGAGUUUCGUAACAUUGACUUUGAGCCUUAUGUAAAGCCAUGGUAUAAAGUUUCUACAAUGGAGAAGGUUUAUACUCCAAAAUUUCAUCCUAUACUAGACAAGUUACGUAUAAAGUUACGUUGA